AUGGCAAGCACUGCUCCAAUAACCACGUCUGCGACAGCGACCACUGCCACAGGACCUGUUACCGCUCUAACAACCACAUUCACGCCACCGGCAAAAUGUACCGAACAGUCUCUGAUGUUCACGAUGCUCUCGGCGCCGAAUUAUGAAGUAUGGGCCAACGAGCCUAUGCCCGUGAGCUCAAGUACAGUGACAGAGUGUUAUCCUAGCGAAUGGAUAGGAGCAUACCAAACUGCCAAUACCUCUUCUAUCGUGCCAGCAAUGUCUCCUUUAGUCUGCCCACUGAGCUGGGAGACUGUUAUGACUGCACCCGGAAACUACAUUGCAUGCUGUCCUCCUGGUUUCAGGCGAACAGACCCCAAAACUACCGUCGACGGCUACAGACCUUUUUAUGGAGGAACCUGCUACUCCGAACUCCCCAGCGGAUCGGCUGUACGGGUAACUCAGUAUAACAAUUUGAGUAUCAGUGCGACGGUGACUUUCACGGCUAGUAGUCAGAAUGUGGGACUUUAUGCACAUCCUAUCGAUGGGUAUGCGUAUCAAGCGCAAGAAACUAUUUUUGUUUCUUCAAAUGCGACAUCUUUAUCACCAUCCUCCUCCUCCUCCUCAAGUCUCGCAACUCCCACUUCCACUCCCACCCCCAACUCCAGCAAAACUCUCUCCAACGGCGCAAUCGCAGGCAUAGUCAUCGGAUCCCUCGCCGGUAUAGCCACCGCUCUCCUCCUCCUCUUCUUCCUCCAUCUCCGUCUCCGUCGAGCAUCCACCACCACCACCCCUCCACUCCAUCCACCAGAGACGGUCGAAAUCGACGGAAAUGAAAUUCAGAAAGAACUCGACGGGACGCAAGUCUUUGAAAUUCAGGGUUUUGCGAAACACCCGAUUGCGGAAGUCGAAGGGAGACUUUCUUCUUCUUUUUUGCAGAGGGCGGAGUUGGAGAAUGGGAAAGUUGCUGGAGCUGUGGAAUUGGAGGCGGGGAGGCGGGAGGGGGAGGAGGGGAGGGAUGGGAAGGUGGGGGUGUAG